UGGAUGAAAGGGGAGGAUAUUAAAGUGAGAUAUGAUCUUCAUUCUAUAAUACGUAAUUGUGCGAUAUCACAUGGUACACUCGAAUUUUGGGAGUAUGCAUUCCAAAACUAUUUAAACAGCGGCACUGAAAAAUAUAAUAUUCUCAUGUCUUUGACGGAAACGAAAAACAAAACAAUUUUGCAAAGACUUUUAAACUACACUCUUGAUACAAAUAUAAUUGGAUCAGAAGACACGCCUUAUGUAUUAGGUAACAUUGCAAGUAACAGUCGCAUUGGUCGUGAGUUAACAUGGAAUUUUAUAAAGAAAAACAUUAACAUGCUUCUACAAAGGUAUGGAAACGAGUUGUUUCUUUUACCAAAGUUAUUUAGCAGUGUAAUUAACAGUUUUACUAAAAAUGAAGAUCUAAGAGAUAUAGAACUUUUUUUCAACAACAAUAUGGACUUGAAAAGUGGAAAGCAAGCAGUAAAACAGUCCAUAGAAAACAUCAAAGCAAAGUUGGAGUGGAAGAAAAAAAACGAAGAUGACCUGAAUCGAUGGGUAUUAAACAAUGCUUACUAGGUGCUGCAAAAAUUAGGCUUUUUAUUUAGUUUUAUUUUGACAUCAAUUAUGCUCUCUGUAAAAACAGUAAAACUUGUUUGUUUUUUUAAGUAUUGACUAGUGGUUCAGAGCGUAAUACUUUUUAAAAAUGUUUACCUGUGACGAUCAUAAUUUUGCAAACAUAAACCAUUUUGUAGUGAUUAUCAUAUUUGCAAUCACUUUUGGAUACUAUGACAGUUUUUAUAGUAUUAAAAAUGGAACUGUAUUUUAUAACUUCAGAUUGUAUUAUUUUACAAGAAAUUAUUAGUUUUUAA